AUGGACCACGAGAAGGUUCUCCCGCCUGAUGAGAAGACCAGCGUCCCGCACCCGACCGUCGAAAGCCAGAGCGAAGAUGUCGCUGAUUGGCGUGACCAGGAGGACUUCAUGACCCGUAACGGUCUGAACAUGAAGUCUUUCCAGCGUCGUCCCCAAGACGGCCCCAUGGUCGUCCUCGACAAGUCCAUGAAGACGCGCCAUCUUCACAUGAUCGCCAUCGGUGGUUCCAUCGGUGCUGGUUUCUUCGUCGGUUCCGGUGGUGCCUUGGCCAAAGGUGGUCCUGCCUCCGUCCUGAUUGAUUUCUCAAUUAUGGGUAUAAUGAUCUUCAACGUCGGUAUGUAG